AUCCUUCUCGCCCUCCGCCUGUUGUUCUCUCACUUUAUUGUUAUCUAAUCUCUCUUUCUAUGUCUCGUUGGCUCAUUCUUUAUUUCUCUCUCUAUCAUUCUCUCUCUCAUUCUCUCUAUCAUUCUCUCUCUCAUUCUCUCUUUCUAGUUCUCUCUUUCCUCUCCCGUUCACUAUACAUCCAUUGUUUUCUUUCUAUCUCUUGUUCACGCUCUUAUUCUCUCUCUCUCUCUCUUGUUCUCUUUCUCUCCCUCUCUCUCGCUCUCUCUCUCCCCCUCUCUCCCCCUCUGUCCCUCUCUUGUCUUCUCAUACAUGAUUUGUAUUGAUUUAAAUUGCGAUACAACUCUCUUAAAUCAUUUGCGCCACAAAGCGUUUAACGUGAAUGCCCAUGAACAACAAGAAUGAAAAGAAGCGCUAACUGAACGAAGAAACGUGUCCGGCCGCUGGGUGGGGGCAACCCUGUGCUUCGAGGUAGAUUUCAUUUCAGAUGUCAAGGAGUCCACCGGUUCAAGUUUAUCAACAUUUACAGUUUUGUAUCAUUUAAAAAAAAAAAAUUCUUUUAAACGUCUAGAAGUGGUGUCGCCUCGACCGGUCCACGGAUUUUAAAAUAUGCUACAAGGAAGACAGCAGACGGUACAAAAGGCAUCGACAAUCUCCCAACAGUGAAACAGAAAUAGGAAAUGGUGGAGUCCCAAACAGUACAAUAUGCAUGAAGGUACUCACUCAAGGUGUAGAGGCUUUCUAUAAGUGUCGGCAGGGACAGUGGAAACACCUAGGUGAGAAUAAAUACAUUUACAAGUUUCAAACGUUUUUAUGAAAGGAUUAUUUUAGAAAUAGAUUUCGCUAUUUAGAAACACCUCAUACUCACAUAAUUUGUAAUACGUCACACUAUCAAAUUUUCAUCAAAUGUUUGCCAAAUUUCUUUUUGAACACACUAUGUAGUAACAAAAAAAAAAUAGUGCAUUCAAAAGAGAUUUGACACAAAAUUGAUCGUGUGAACUGAGCAUAAGACCUGACAGCUUUCUGUAUUCUCAUUAAAUGCUUCCUCUCUCUCUUUUCUUGUAUUUAUUUAACGAUAGAAAAAUGACUAAAUUAAAGAAACGUUUUCUGCUCAUUUAUAGGGACGAGGAGGAGGAUGAAACAUUACCCGCAAAUAAGAAGAAAGUUAUUGUCUUUCAACGACACGGGGAAUGAACAUCAUAUUUGCAAUGGUAAAUUCUGUAUACUGUCUGUGCUGGAGAAGCUAAAGAAAACUAAAGAUUACUGCUGAAUGAAUUAACAUUGAAUACAGUUAUACAUCAACGGCCCUCAAACGUUUGAGUAAGGGGGCAGGUCAAAUGUGCAGAACUUACCCCCGGGUCUGACUGUUGUUGGAAGGCAAUGAAUCAAUGGCUUUUGUUUUCUUACAAUAGAUACAAGGAUGACAGUGAUUUAUUAAUAAUAUUUAAAAUGUUUACAAAAUAUAUAUUAGUGUGCAAAUGUCUCCGUGUUUACUGAAUGCAACAGAGAGAUUGUUGCGAAAAUGUCAAGAAGUAGUCCCUGUAUUAACUGUAGGCAACAGAGAGAUUGUUACACAAAUGUCAAGAAGUAGUCCCUGUAUUAACUGUAGGCAACAGAGAGAUUGUUACACAAAUGUCAAGAAGUAGUCCCUGUAUUUACUGUAGGCAACAGAGAGAUUGUUACACAAAUGUCAAGAAGUAGUCCCUGUAUUUACUGUAGGCAAUAGAGAGAUUGUUACACAAAUGUCAAGAAGUAGUCCCUGUAUUUACUGUAGGCAACAGAGAGAUUGUUAUACAAAUGUCAAGAAGUAGUCACUGUAUUUACUGUAAGCAACAGAGAGAUUGUUACACAAAUGUCAAUAAGUAGUCACUGUAUUUACUGUAGGCAACAGAGAGAUUGUUACACAAAUGUCAAGAAGUAGUCCUUGUAUUUACUGUAAGCAACAGAGAGAUUGUUACACAAAUGUCAAGAAGUAGUCCCUGUAUUUACUGUAGGCAACCGAGAGAUUGUUACACAAAUGUCAAGAAGUAGUUUCUGUAUUUACUGUAGGCAACAGAGAGAUUGUUACACAAAUGUCAAGAAGUAGUCCCUGCAUUUACUGUAGGCAACAAAGAGAUUGUUGCGCAAAUGUCAAGAAUUAGUCCCUGUAUUUACUGUAGGCAACAGAGAGAUUGUUACACAAAUGUCAAGAAUUAGUCCAUGUAUUUACUGUAGGCAACAGAGAGAUUGUUGCGCAAAUGUCAAGAAUUAGUCCAUGUAUUUACUGUAGGCAACAGAGAGAUUGUUGCGCAAAUGGCAAGAAUUAGUCCCUGUAUUUGCUGUAAGCAACAGAGAGAUUGUUGCGCAAAUGUCAAGAAUUAGUCCCUGUAUUUGCUGUAAGCAACAGAGAGAUUGUUGCGCAAAUGUCAAGAAUUAGUCCCUGUAUUUGCUGUAAGCAACAGAGAGAUUAUUUUAAUGUGUUUUUGUUAAAACGCAGAAUCCGCCAGCGGUAACAGUUCAGCAAUACAAAACAUGUCACGUGAUGGUCUUUGCUGCAGCCCUGAGACCAAUCAACUGUUGGCCUCCAGGAAAGAGAAUCAAACAUCAAUGGAGAACUGCGGCUCUCUAUGUGGAUCAGUGCAAUGCCACCAAGAGUUUUCACCUCUGGCCUCUUGUUGCAUCAUAACAUCCGAAGGUAUGCAGCAGAUAGAUGACGAUUGAACUUCUUUCAACAAACCAUUAAAAAAUGUCCAUUUUAUUCGUUACAAUGAUAAUAAUUUUUUUUCUUCCGAUUUUUCCCCAUUUUAAAAUACCUUCUUCGAUACACUGUUAAUAUUAUUUUUUUUUUCAUUUAAAUUCUGUAACGCCGAAUGAUAUAACUAAAAGUGGUUGCUAUAAGCUUUUUAUGAGCUUUUAAAUUUCACGUUAAAAUUGUUAUCUCCUAUGUUUAAUGUUAAUUAUUUCAAAGUAAAUAAUUCAUUUUGGUAAAUGACAUUUUAUGUCAAGCGUUGCACGUAUUUGGUAUACAUUAGCACUUGGAAGACACCAUGUGGUAUUAUAUUAGAAUUAUUAGCCAGUAUAUUUAUUUAAAUGAUAAAACUGAAAUAUAGAACCCUACUUCAUUUAAAUAAAUUGUCACAUUCCUUCAGACAAUAUCGUUUAUAUGUAAAUAACACAUACACAUACCCCACAGGGUUCGGUUUUGCACCAAGUACAACCAAUUAUAACAAGCUAAAGUUAAAAUUCGACGCCAACCAAGAUGAAAAGAAUUUAACAAGCCGGUAUUUUACCGACUCCCAACAAAUUUUUAAUAAAUGAACUGCGAAUCUCAAAUUGAAAUGACUGGAUGGCUUUUUAAAAAUCAAAAAUGAAAAUAAAAAUAUGCAUUUACUUAUCUUUUUAUUGCAGUCAUUCAACAGUUACUUUUGAAUUGUACUUGUAAUUCUGCCAAUGGUAUAUCCAAGUAUGCUGGUAAGUAGUGUGUCAGUAUGGAUAUCCGUGCGAUGCCAGUGCGAUGUCAGCAUGUAUGUCAGUACGAUGAUAGUACGAAGUUAGUGUGGGUGUCAGUAAUGAUCACAGCACGAUGACUGCUAACGGUCAAUUAAAUGUUUGCAUACAGUUUUCAACGUAGUGCUUGGCUGUUAUCCCUCAGUCCAAAGUCAAAUUUUUUAAUCAUCAGCUGUUUAAAAAGACACUCGUACGCACAGACACACACAUAUUAUAUAUAUUUAUAUAUAUAUAUAUAUAUAUAUAUAUAUAUAUAUAUAUAUAUAUAUUACACACACACACAUAUUAUAUAUAUAUAUAUAUAUAUAUAUAUAUAUAUAUAUAUAUAUAUAUAUAUAUAUAUUUAAACAUCUCAGCCAUAGUCUAUUUGGCGAUGAUAACAAUUCAUUUCGAUAUUUUCUUUUAUUAUUGCAGGAUUGAAACUCUAAAAUUUGUAAUCCAUACAAUUUGUAAAACCUUUUUUUUUUAAAUAUUCAAUUUUAGAAAACCUUCAAUUUGUGAUAGGUACAACUUGUGAUAGAUACAAUUUGUGAUAUAUAAAAUUUGUGAUACAUUCAAUUUGUCACACAUGUUAUUUGUGAUACAUUCAAUUUGCGAUACACAAAACGUGUGAUACAUACUAUUUGUGAUAGAUACAACAUUCAAUUUAUGAUACACAUAAUUUGUGAUACAUACAAUUAUACAAUUUUUGAUACAUACUAUGAGUGAUACAUACAUCAUACGAUUUAUGAUUCAUACACUUUGUGAUACAUUUAUUUAUUUAUUUAGGCAUUUUUAUAUAGCGCUUACCAUAAAGCUCUAAGCGCCUUACAAUUAUUAAAAACAUUCAAAGGCGAAACAUUAUUUUCUCUUACGUUCCCUGUCAAACUGAGUCAGACGUUAAUCGUUUUAGCCAAACACACCUCCCCCGAUUUUUCGGAUUGAACGUUGGUAGUCCUGAUCACUCACAGUUGGCAAGACAGAUUCUUAAUGCAAGAGAUACAACUAUAGAUUAAUAUAACACAUCACGCACAUGUACAUAUACACAUAUCAACAAACACGGCUAGUGCGUUGAUCUCUUCUAAGCAUAAGUUAUAAAUUUCAUCAUUUCUAUGUUAGGAUACUAAUAAGCGGGAAGAGACUGCAAUUCGGUUAUCCAAAAAAAACAACAAAAACGGAUAUGAUUAAAAUAAAGUAUGGGAAAACCUGAAAAAAGGAACGAAACAAAACAGCGAACGUGUCGGCCAGAACCCUUGGUCAGGGAACAAACAACAGAAAAUACAGAAUAUUAAGAUAUUCUUCUUCGUACCACUUUCAGUAAAAUUAAUUCUAAAGGACUAAACGAUCUUGGAAAAAAAAAACAGAAUUUGUUAUCAUAUAAACUAUAAUUAAAUAGAAAUAUAUCCGCCUAAUAAUCGCGGUGGCAAUGCUGUGAACUACCCAUCUACCAAAGUUACUGGACAAAACAUGCAUGGACUACCCAUCUACCAAAGUUACUGGACAAAACAUGCAUGGACUACCCAUCUACCAAAGUUACUGGACAAAACAUGCAUGAAGUGCCCAUCUACCAAAGUUACUGGACAAAACAUGCAUGGACUACCCAUCUACUAAAGUUACUGGACAAAACAUACAUGAACUACCCAUCUACUAAAGUUACUGGACAAAACAUGCAUGGACUACCCAUCUACUAAAGUUACUGGACAAAACAUGCAUGGACUACCCUUCUACUAAAGUUACUGGACAAAACAUGCAUGAACUACCCAUCUACCAAAGUUACUGGACAAAACAUGCAUGGACUACCCAUCUACCAAAGUUACUGGACAAAACAUGCAUGGACUACCCAUCUACCAAAGUUACUGGACAAAACAUGCAUGGACUACCUAUCUACCAAAGUUAUUGGACAAAACACGCAUACCCAAUCAGUGAAAGCCUCUAUGACUUGUAUUUUGAGAGCGUAUUUGAGCUCCUCGUUACAGCCAUACGCACAUGCCUACAAAGCUAUUAUUUGUCUUGUAUUUGUCUAUUUCUCUCAUCUUUAUACGCACAUGCCUACAGAGCUAUUACCUGUCAUGUAUUUGUCUAUUUCAACUCAUCUAUAUACGCACAUGCCUACAAAGCUAUUAUCUGUCAUGUAUUUGUCUAUUUCAACUCAUCUUUAUACGCACAUGCCUACAGAGCUAUUAUCUGUCAUGUAUUUGUCUAUUUCAACUCAUCUUUACAGCAAUACGCACAUGCCUACAAAGCUAAUAUCUGUCAUGUAUUUGUCUAUUUCAACUCAUCUUUACAGCCAUACGCACAUGCCUAGAGAGCUAUUAUCUGUCAUGUAUUUGUCUAUUUCAACUCAUCUUUAUACGCACAUGCCUACAGAGCUAUUAUCUGUCAUGUAUUUGUCUAUUUCAACUCAUCUUUAUACGCACAUGCCUACAAAGCUAUUAUCUUUCAUGUAUUUGUCUAUUUCAACUCAUCUUUACAGCCAUACGCACAUGCCUAGAGAGCUAUUAUCUGUCAUGUAUUUGUCUAUUUCAACUCAUCUUUAUACGCACAUGCCUACAAAGCUAUUAUCUGUCAUGUAUUUGUCUAUUUCAACUCAUCUUUACAGCCAUACGCACAUGCCUAGAGAGCUAUUAUCUGUCAUGUAAUUGUCUGUUUCAACUCAUCUUUAAAGUCAUAAUCACACGCCUAUGGAGCUAUUACGUGUCAUGUAUUUGUAGUUUUCUUGAUUUACUCCACUACAGUAUACUGCAUCGCAGCUGGGAUAUGUGGACUGGUGGUGACGCUGACUUUAAUUAUUGCAGCAUGCAUUAAGUAAGUUAGGAUCGGAUAUAAAUGAUUGGUUCGGCCAGGUUACUCCUAAAUGAUACGUGUUCUGCAAUGGGAAAUUACGUUCAUUGUUAUUAAAAUUAUUUAUCUUAUAAUGCUUUUCUUAACUUAGGAAAAAAUAAGAAGAAACGCAUUAGCUAUUGAGAGUUGUGUGAGGUAAAUAUAAGCGAAGAGUCAACACGCGAUUUCUGAAGCGCGUACAAUUAUAUACGUUGUACGCAAGUUCAAGUUACAUUUAGUUAUUUUAUAAUGAAAAAUCUGUUUUCGUUGUGUACCUAAAUUAAAAGGCACCUUUUGAAACAUAUCUGGGGCGUGGGUCACUUUGCUUCUAUAAAGGAGUGCCGCUGGUCACUUUGCUAAUAAAAAUGGGGGCCGCUGAUUAUUUUGGUUCUAUAAAUAGAGUUCACGACUAAAAAUCGUUUGAGAACCUUUUUCUUAUACUAAAUUAUAAGAGCAUUUAAUAUUUUCUAGGAAAUUCAAACGCACUAAAAUAGAGCCCCCCUUGGACGAUGCUGGAGUUCAAGAAGCACCCCCGGAGCCUCUUUACGGCACGCCUAUGAGCCUGUACACUGUACGCCCACAUUUAAUACACGUGACGUCGGUUGAAAACGACGGUGACCGCUCUUCGCGUAGUUCUCACUAUGAGUACGACAACAACUUCGACAACCGUAUCGAAUACACCUCCAGUUCCGGAAGUCAGGAAUCGAUUAACAACACCUUCGAUACUCAAGGUGCUGCACACGUAGAUCAUCAGAGCCAUUCUCACUCUGACAGCGCUGUUCACCUCAACGAAUCGAGCGCGUCAUCGCUGCAAGUCACACCCGUCAAAGAUUUGUCAGAGCACGAAUACGACGUAAGCGAUUUCGACGACUCGCUUUUCAACGGCUACAGCAACGUCUUUGUUACGACGGCGGACGUUCACCAUGCUGAUGACGCGAUACGCCUUCCGGGCAUGGCAUCACGGGAUCGGAGCAGCGUCGACGGGAAAACUUCGGGAGUCGAAGAUCCCGUUUACGAUAGCGUGUCAAACGGGUCGCUGGAAUCAGCCGAGAUGCCAGCUGUGGAUGAUGGCAUAGAUGAUUACAGCGUCUAUCAAAAUACGUGCUUGGAAGGCAGGGGACCUCCUGGAAAUCUCCAAAGACUUCACGAAAAUGAUCCGACUUUUGAUGAGGCCCCGUCAGAAGUUCGGGUUGAACGGCACCCCGUCCACGAGGUGCCGCCGCGGCGUCACGGCGGUCAUGCAAGGGAAAUAACUCAAAUUCAGUUAGGGACCGUCUUUGCGUCGGGGUUGAGUCGCCUGAUCGAAACGCUAACGCUGCCGCGGGCUGGCAGACGUGAAGGAGAUGGAGGGGCCGUACCACUCGCAGCUGGUGCCCUGGAGGUUUCCAACACCUUACCACGAUCUCACAGAGUUCAGAUCUCAAACGAUUAUCUUGUACCAGUGAUGCCGGACUACAAGGGAAUUUAAAUGCGAAUACAAAGGAAAAAAAUGUAUUAAUAUUCAUUGUUUAUUAAUAUGUAUUAAAAUGAUGU